CUGUGUUUAUGAAGCUGAAAAUGUUUCGUGAAAUUGUCAUGAAUGUAUAAAUUCUAUUCUAGGCUUAUUACUGAGGUCACAGAGGUGUCGUUGGACUGGACUACGUAAUACUCAGAGGUGUUCCUAAUAUUCUGACCCUCUCAUGUUAAGGCGGAAGUGUUGCAUUGAGGUGCAUUCACUUGUACAGGUGUACCUAAUAAAGUGGCCAGCCGGUGUUUCAGGGCUUUAAUAUUUCGUUCUUAUUUUUCUUAUCUUUAGUUUUUAACUUUAAUUGGGGCCACAUUUAUUUUUCUUUCAUUCACAUUUUGUUCUUACAGUGAAGUCUUUCGUUGUAUCACAACAUCCGGGGACGUCGUCAAGGUGUUUUUCCCGAUCAACAGGUUAAUUUGAUUGAUGUGCGCUCCAGCCUCACGCACGCUGCAGGUGGAACCGCGUUGUGACUCACGUAUUACACAUCAGUUUGACUAGAGAUCAGGUGGGUAAUAAGGAAACGUGCUGCCGGGAAGCUCCGCUCGUUGCGACUCUUUGAGUCUGAAUAAGUUUGAUUUGGGCUUCUCGGUUCUGAGAAGGACGCGGGAGUCAAAGAGCAGCCGAAGGCCUGAAGUAUGAUGCUGGCUGCGGUCCUCCUGGUGGCUGGAGUCUCUGCUGGCCUAGUUCCACCUCCAACAAAUGUAACUGUGACCUGCCAGAAUCUCAAAACUGUAGUCCGGUGGAAGUACAACAGCGCGCACCAGCCACAGACCAACUUCACCGUGCAUCUCGUAGGAUCUGAAGGGGAUAAUUGGAGCAGAGGUGAAACCACAGACCUCCAGUAUGACCUGAGCCCUUUCAUCUGGGAGUCUGAUGUGCUGGACUUCUACUACGUCACCAUAACAGCCAUACAGGGAGGAAGCCGGUCGGAACUAGUACGGUCUGACUCGUUCUCCUUUAACCGUUUAAAGCCGGCUCAUGUAAAAUGUACUUUGGAUUUCCCCCCUGUGAACCUGACCGCCACGGAGUCGGGGGCCACAGUCAAGUUCGAGAAUCCUUUCCGCUUCUACGGAAAACUGAUGGAGGCUGUCAAAGAGGACGGGGCCAUGUUUACAUUCAUCGUCUCUACAGGUCAUAAGGAUUUGCCUUCUAGUUGCUCGGAGAAAGAUGACAUCUGCAGACAAGACAACAUCCCAUUCCCUGAAGGUGUGGAGGAGUGCGUCAACCUGACAGGACAGCUGUGUAACAACGACUGUCUGGGCCAAGUGGAUUUCAACAAGACGGGCCCUAUCUGUCUCAGCAAAUCAAAUGGGACUACAGAGGUCCAUUUGGUAACACUUAUGUUGCUGCUGUGCGUCCUCGUCCUGGUGAUCACCAUAGUAACAUUUCUCAUCUGUAAGGUGAAGGCCUGGACAAUGAAGGUACACGAGCGACCCAAGUGUCUGGAGCCACAGCUGCCAAACCCCAGGAAACGGCACCCGACGUACAGUCCAUUGGCCAACCCAGUCAUCAGCCCUGUCACCGUGUCUGACCACGAACCCUACGACAGCUGUUCAGUCAGCUCAGAGGAGGAGAACCGUUCCGCCAAGCACAGCAGCACCACACCCCUCUACGUGGAAGGGCUCUCCGAGGACAGCAACCAGGAGCUGGAAACUCUGGAGUCAUCUGAGGGACAGAGGACAGACGACGACUCGGUGAAAACUGAGUGCAUUUCCCUUGAGGAGGAGGAGGAGGAACUGUCGCCCUACGACUCCCCCCAGGUUAUGCAGGUGGACAUGGGUGAUGGAGACAUGGUCGAGGCUUACACCAAGAGAUAAGAGACGUCGGGCUGCUUGGUUUGGGAUUAAAUGAUCAUUUUAACUAAAAUUAUCCAAGACUGAAGAUUCAAACACACUUGCUUCCCACAACAAACUUUGGAUACCAACCCCUGGACCAGUACACUCAGGGACCUGGAGCCUUGCUCAGGAGACUGAUGAGGGAAGUGGGGACUGAUGGUGUGUCCCAUCUCUUCCCCGCCAUGCUCACACUUCCUCUUUCUGACUGCGCUGACAGUUCAGGCCUCUUCCUCUUCAUCCAAACACAUUUUUCAGGAUGGUACCUGACACCGAGGGUCAGCCCACAGCUCCAGAUAAAAAUGAGCAGAUCAGUAACAGUCCUUCAACUCAAACUUCCAUGUAGAGGUUCUGGAGGUGAGAUCCAAAGCCGGAGCCUUCUGUUCAAAAUCAAAAAGCUGCAAGUCAAAGAGAAUCAAAAAGAGUGUACUGACCUUUUACAGACACUUUACAGUUUAGUGCACUGAGCAGGUGGAACCACAUUCUUGAGGAAUGACUUGUGUGUUUUCUUCUGCGGUUUGACUCUGUUGUCUCAGGGAAACAACCCAGUGAGAUCUGAUCCCAGCUGUUUUCUCCUACCUCCCCCCCAAAGUGUUUUGUAUCAGACUGUCAAAUAACUGCUACUUCAAAUCUCCACGAGAGAAUCUAUAUCUCAAGGAAACAAGCUGCAAAAGAACAAAACUAACACUGUGUAUAUUGUUGUUUUAAAGGAGCAGUUCACCAAAAUGAUACAACAAAGCAUCUCCUCACUAAUUGUGUAGAUCGCUUUGGUUUUAUCUGCUCACAUAUUUAAUAUCUGUGAUUCCUGGUGUCAUAAAUGGAAUUUUAGUUGUGGUGUUCAUAGACUUGAAAUACUUAAGAUACAUGGGGAAAUAAGAAACUUCUCUUUGUAGAAAUAAUGUCCCACAAAUAAGAGAAUGCACACCAGACUGUCGCCGUUUCUUCAGUGAAAACUAUUCAGGUCUGUCCAGAAACAA